AUGCCAAACUGGGGAGGUGGAGCCAAAUGUGGUGCCUGUGACAAGACAGUCUACCAUGCUGAGGAAAUCCAGUGCAAUGGAAGGAGUUUUCACAAGAGCUGCUUCCUCUGCAUGGCUUGCAGAAAAGCUCUGGACAGCACCACGGUGGCAGCUCACGAGUCUGAGAUCUACUGCAAAACUUGUUACGGGAGAAAAUAUGGUCCCAAAGGUAUUGGCUUUGGACAAGGGGCAGGAUGUCUCAGCACCGACACUGGCGACCAUCUGGGCUUGAACCUGCAACAGGGGUCACCCAAGUCUGCUCGCCCUUCCACACCAACCAAUGCCUCCAAGUUUGCCAAGAAGGUGGCAGAUGUGGAUAAAUGUCCCCGCUGUGGCAAAUCCGUCUAUGCUGCAGAGAAGAUCAUGGGAGGAGGAAAACCUUGGCACAAGAGCUGCUUCCGCUGCGCUAUCUGUGGGAAGAGUUUGGAAUCAACAAAUGUUACAGACAAGGAUGGAGAGCUCUACUGUAAAGUUUGCUAUGCAAAAAAUUUUGGUCCCAAAGGAAUUGGAUUUGGUGGCCUCACUCAAGUGGAAAAGAAAGAAGAGUGUGAAUGA